ACUGACCCAACAGUGCGUAACGCUACGAAACUGCCGUACGGUAACGCUACGAGGCGGGUUUUUUUUGCAUUGUACGGUGAGCGGCAGUACAGUACAGACGUUCUUCUUACGUUCGCACCGUGUGGGCGCGCGGUACCACUGAUUAUGUUCGCCGUCUUGUCGAAGUUUCGCUGAUCUGUUGAUCUUGUUUGCUUGCUGUGUGAAGCCGCGAUUCUGCAGAACAGAUUCUUUCAUAAAAAAAAGCUUAAUAUCUACAGCCUUGCACCCACGCGGACGGAAGCGGUCGUCGUCCCUUCACGCGCUAUAACAAGCGUCCACAUGCGUUUGUGGCGUGCCGCCCUUAAGUGUAUACCCGUGACAUUGAAAGCAUGUCGCUGCACGAAUGGUACCGCAGGCGGGAGCGGGGUCUGCCACCGCGCAUUGGCGACACCGACAUGAUCCACCGUACCAUCUUCCGGUCGCUGCAGCCGAAGCUGCUGCCGGAUGAACUGUCCCGGCCGCACCGGUGCGGGCAGGACCGUGGCGCUAUUUGCAACCUGGAAUUUUCUCCCGAUGGAACGGUGCUGGCUGCUGCAUGUGAACAUAAAUCCAUCGUAUUGUUCGAUCCGCUCACAGAAAAGCAGGUGUGUGCUGUCGACAACGCUCACGAUGGAAGCGUUAAUUGCAUCAGAUUCGUCGACAAUCGUACCUUUGCCAGCUGCUCGGAUGACACGACGGUCGCACUGUGGGAUUCGCGUAACCUGUCCACGAAGCUGCGCACACUAAACGGCCACAGCGGGUGGGUGAAAAACAUCGAGUACGCGAAACAGGCCGGCAUUCUCAUCUCGUCCGGACUGGACGGUUUAGUGUACGGCUGGGAGUUAAACAACAGCACGGAGCAGGGCUGUACGUACCAGCGGUUGCUCUACAUGCCGGGACUGAUGCGGUGUCGGUUGGCACCGGAUGAAACGCGCCUAGUGCUCUGCACGAGCAGCGGUUACUUAAUGCUUGUACACGAUCUACACCUUCCCAGCUUUGCCGGCGAUCUCGUCGACUUUCGCCCAAACAUUCACCGACUGAAUCUGAUGCGUAGGCAACGGUUCCCGUGCGCUUCCCGCAAGACUCCGGCGGUCUGCCACAGCAGAAAGAGAAAUCGCAUUGAGUUCGUGAGCGACUUUCCACCCGGGGACGAUGCGGAAAUGAUUAGCGGAUUGACGAUACAUCCUCAAGGCUGGUGCGCUCUUAGUAGAAAUCUUUCCUACGACGAAAAAACCGAGUGGUCCGUUGUACAUGAUAUACAAAGCUGGGAUGAAGAAGACGACGACACUCACACGGAUCAAGAGAACCUACACCCGGAAGAGGAAGAGCAAACGGAGACAGAACAGAAGCAGGAUCAGGAUCACGAUCAGGAGGAGGAUACUCACAGCGGUUUUGUGGAUGAAAAGAAGCAACAAAUCAACGGAAUUAUUCUGAGCGAAUCGACAUGGUGCAAUAGCAGCACUAUGCAGCGGAAUGUGAUCAACAACGUUUUUCCGAGCCAUUCGGGCGCGUCGUGUCUAAACCUCGCACAUACACCACACUUAAGACUGCCGCCAAACGGAACCAAUGGGGAUGGAGGCGAUGUACCCACCACCAUCAGCAACGAGAAGGCUGUGUGGCCACCGGAAACGAACGUGGCGAGAAAACGUACGGCCAAACACGUGCCAGCCGACGGUACCCGGCUGCUCUACUACAUCCAAGAAUCGAACAAGGUGGAGGGUUAUAUGCGGGAGGCGUGCUUUUCACCAGACGGGAGGGUCAUAUGUUCGCCGCAUGAUGAUUACGGCGUGCGGUUGCUAGCGUUUAAUGAGCACUGCAAUGAGAUGCAGUACGCUCGGCAGUACGUUAGUAACGGUAGCGCACCGGAGAUCCUGCGGGAGCUACAGUACAAGUCGUGCCACCCGCACGUUGUCAUUAGCAGUCAGUUUAGCCCACGGUUCCCAUUGCUCGUUACCGGCUGCCUGUUGGGUAAUGUUGUCUGGAAUCUGCCGGUGUUAAGUUGAGACGCCUAGGCAUCCAAGUACUGAACUAAAGUAUACGAGACGUUGGGAUGGAAAAGAGAAAAAUAAA